GAGGCCAUUUAUUGAGCCUGAACCGGGACCUACCACUUUACUGAGCCCUGAUGAUAAAGAAUGGGACUUUGUUGAGCUUUUCUUUCCAGUAAUGUUGAUUGAGCUUCUUGUCAAACAGACCAAUCUGUAUGCCAGUCAGAAACAAUCCAGGAAGUCGGAUCCUUCAUGGCGACAAGUGACAUUUGUUGAAAUGAAGGCAUGGUUGGGAAUCCGCGUGUACAUGAGCAUUAUUCAGUUACCACAGACUCAGAUGUACUGGUCUACAGACAAGACCUUUGGUAAUUUGUCCAUCAGGAAAGUGAUGAAACGUGACCGAUUUAUGAAAAUCCUGCAGUACUUUCAUGUAAAUGAUCGAUCAAAGAUGCAACCAAGGGGUCAUCCAACUUAUGACAAACUUUUUCUUGUGCGACCUAUUCUGGAUGAAGUUAGGAAAUUGUGUCUCCAAAAUUACAACGCGCAUCAGAACGUUAGUGUUGAUGAGGCUAUGGUAAAAUUCCGUGGUCGUCUAUCAUUCAAACAAUAUCUGCCGGCCAAACCGACGAAAUACGGCAUGAAAUCUGGGUGCGGGCAGAUCCGUCCUAUGUUAUUCCAGGAGUUAGAAAAUAAUGGAACAUACGCUAGGGGAACUGUUAGAUCUAACAGGAAAGGCUUUCCACAUACAACUUUGAAAAAGAAGGACGUGAAAAAUCAAGGAGACAUGAAAUUUGCGCAGAAAGGAGAAUUAGUCGCGUGCAUUUGGAAAGAUAAGAAAGAAAUAUUUACUCUUUCAACUGCUGAUAAUCCAGCAAAUAUUGAUUCCUCUGUACCGAGAAAGUCACGCACCGGUGACAUCAAGGAAGUACCUGCGCCAGUAACAAUUCCCGAGUACAACAAUUACAUGAACGGGGUUGAUCAUGCUGACCAACUGAGAACAGCCUACUCAACCUUCCGUACGUCAAGAAAAUGGUGGUUGUACCUGUUUUGGUUUUUAUGGGAUACAGCGGUGGUAAAUGCCUUCAUCGUAAUGAAAGAAUCCCCGUAUCACAAAUUAAAAACGAGAAAAGGAAAACCCAAGGAACGCGCAUUGAUUGACUUUAGAAUGAACGUUGCAAAGCAAUUGAUAGCGGAUUAUACGGAAAACGAGAAGGCAUCUCUUGCCACUGUGAAUGCCGGCCAUUUUCCAAGUAAUGGCUUGAAACGUGGAAGGUGCCGUCAAUGUAGCAAAAGGAAAAGGCGGCAUGAAUGUUUCAAUAUGUGUUUACAGUGCAAUGUUCAUGUCUGUGUGCCUUGUUUCAAGGACUGGCACACUGACAUUUUGAAAAAUGGGUAUUAGUAACUCAAUAAAACAAAUAUUUGUAGGAUAUAUGUAGCACUUUAUGUGUAAGUGGAGUAAUGAAAUAUACAUAUCGUGGA